AAGUUGACAGUUAGCAUCUCAGUCAGUUUUACCUUCCCGGUGAGAGUGUGAGUGUCCAGGUGUAAAAAUGUUACCUUUAUCUAUAAAAGACGACGAGUACAAACCAGCCAAGUUCAACCUGCUGCUCAAACUGUCCGGAUGGUUCAGGUCGAUUUUAGCCGAUAAAACCUCCAGGAAUCUGUUCUUCUUCCUCUGCCUCAACCUCUCCUUCGCCUUCGUGGAGUUAACAUACGGCAUCUGGAGUAACAGUUUAGGUCUCAUCUCAGACUCCUUCCACAUGUUCUUUGACUGCACCGCCCUGCUGGCUGGUCUCGCAGCCUCCGUCAUCUCCAGGUGGAGGUCCAACGACAGCUUCUCCUAUGGGUACGUCAGAGCAGAGGUUCUGGCGGGCUUUGUCAACGGACUCUUCCUCAUCUUCACUGCCUUCUUCAUCUUCUCAGAAGGAGUUGAGAGAGCUCUGGAGCCACCCGAUGUUCACCACGAGCGGCUGCUUCCUGUUUCUGUGGCUGGUCUGCUGGUCAACCUGGUCGGGAUCUUUGUGUUCCAGCACGGAGGACACGGACACUCGCACGGAGACGGAGGUCACGGCCACAGCCACUCUCCGUUCAACGGCAGCCUGAACCACGGACACGGAGGACACAGCCACGAUGGACACGGAGGACACGGACACAGUCACGAUAAACACGGAGGACACGGACACAGUCAUGGAGGACACGAGGAGUCCCACUGUCACAAUGAGUUGCAGCGCUCAGAAGGCUCCAGUAAACAGAUCCUACAGGGAGUCCUCCUGCACAUCAUCGCCGACACUCUGGGAAGCGUCGGUGUGAUCAUCUCCGCUCUCCUGAUGCAGAAAUACGAGCUGAUGAUCGCCGAUCCCAUCUGCUCCAUGCUGAUUGCCGUUCUCAUCGGAGUCAGUGUGGUGCCGCUGCUGAAGGAGUCCAUCAGCAUCCUGAUGCAGAGAACUCCGCCUUCACUAGACAACGCCCUGCCAGAGUGCUACCAGAGGGUGCAACAGCUGCAGGGAGUCUACAACCUACAGGAACCUCACUUCUGGACUCUGUGUACAGACGUUUAUAUCGGAACGUUAAAGCUGCUGGUGGCCCCCGACGCUGACAGCCGCUGGAUCCUCAGCCAGACCCACAACAUCUUCACUCAGGCCGGAGUCCGACAGCUGUACGUCCAGAUCGAAAUGGCUGCCAUGUAGACGCUCCUCCUCUGAACCUGGGACCAAUCACGUUCAGGCAUCUGGUGCAGGUGACCUUUGACCCCCUCCACAGAAGGGAGGGGCGCAGGGGACACAAAGAACUGAUGAACUCAAACAGCCAUGUUAUUGUUUUAUAUAUAAAUUACCGUUCCUGUCUGGGUUUGAUGGGCGACGUCCUCCUCGCUCCCCCCACCCUUCACUUUGUUUGUAGCAAAGUAUUCUGGGUAAGUGCCUUUUAUCAGACAAUCUGAGCCCCUCCCACUAUUGGUGGCAUCACAAUUGUUGACUGCUGAUUGGUUCAGUGUAAUGUCACUUUUCUUUAAAUUUUUUUUUUUCCAACUGUGCCAUACCAUGUGACCUGUUAGUGGGAUCUUUUUUAAACUCUGUAAUAAAUCAAUUUCUCUGCUCAGUUA